CGUAAUUCGCAAGUCAGCUAUUUAAAAUGAAAUUUCCUUAACAAUGAUAUUAUAAAUAAUAUAUUCUACAGGACACAAUUUAUAUUUGUAAAACAAUUAUAUAGAAUUAUCAAAAUUUUCUUUAAGAAUGUAAUAUAGGGUGUUUUGAAAAACGCUCUUGACAAAAGGAGGGGCAUUGAACGAGAYUAAGUGUUUAAAGCACCAUUCUAAGUUGGAUUUUAUAAAUUAAGACAAAAUAUGCAGCAUAACCAGGAGCCCAUCUCCUGGCRUAACCCAUUGUGCUUGGAACGCCCAUCUCAAAAGAUAGAAAGGAGAUCCAACGAAGGGAAGGACACAAAGAAGAAUAAGUCCUCUAUUCUAUAUGAAAAUAAUAUUUUUUUGUUUGUAUGUUUUUUUUCAAAUUAUUAUCAAAGAGUCAUUUUUAUUUUUAAUCAAAACUAUUUGAUGCCAUCAAAAAACAGUGGUGUAGAAAUAUGACUGGGCAUGUAUUGGGAUUCCUGUAUCUCGCGUGUUGAUAAGAGACUGGAUAGUUUAAUUCACGUAUGGUUGAAAAAUCACUUGCGAAAGCAGUUACGCGUUUCUUUUUACGCGAUGAUAAGUCCAUGGAAUUCUUGAUGCUUUCAUGUUAUGGCCGAAUCUGUGCUUCUUCAAACCUGCUUUCACCUUCUGCCGAGUAAAAAGUUAUUCGAAGUUCGCUUGACGCGGAAGAAACUGUUUUACCAGCAGACGUCAAUUGAUUCUUGCUGGAGAACGUCGAACAGUCCCUUAUUUUCGGUCAAUUUGGAAGAUGUUUAUGGUGGAAAAGUGUUCAGGAGUAGAUCACGAAAUAAUAUAAAUUCGUACUUGCAUAUUUUCACUUGUCCUGUCGAAGGAAAAAGAAGAGUUCGAGGAAGAAUUCGGUUCAAAGUCAGUGGUUGGGAAGAUGCGGAUUCGAAUGUCAGAUGCGCCGAGAGAUGGCUGAAGAUGAUUCUAUGGCUCGUGAAACAUCCUGGUAUUGAUGUCGAUACCAUUAAAGAUAGAAAACUGCCAUCCCAGCGCAAGCUGCUUGUAUUCGUCAACCCCUGCAGUGGUUCAGGAAAGAGUUUGGCAAUCUUUAAAAAAAACGUGGUACCAAUGUUCACUGAAGCUUCAAUAGACUACACUUUGCGUGUUACAGAGUAUGCUGGUCAUGCAGAGAAGAUUGCAUUGGAGCUUAAUAUUGAGGAAUGGGAUGGUCUUGUGAUUUGUUCUGGAGAUGGGUUGGUUCAUGAGCUUGUUAAUGGACUUAUGAAAAGACCAGACUGGAAAAGAGCAAUGACACUACCUAUGGGUGUGAUCCCUACUGGCUCAGGGAAUGCUUUGUGUUAUUCGGCACUAUAUGCAUCAGGGGAGCCAUUUGAUCUCACUGCUGCAGUCUUUGCAGUGAUUCGUGGACAAACUCUUGACUUGGAUCUCUGCGCCAUUGAAACACCAAGCCAAAAACUCUUCUCUUUUCURUCUUUAUCUUGGGGCAUGAUAUCUGAUGUUGAUAUGGAAUCAGAAAAGUACAGAYGCCUGGGAAAUGCUAGGUUUACUUUGGGGGCCAUUAUCAGAAUCCUUAAUCUUCGUACUUACAGAGGUAAACUUUCAUACCUUCCACCUGAUGAAGCUGAACAUCCUACCACAAGUUUAGAUCUGCCAAAGGAGGAAACCAAGAAUGAGGACGAUGAUUUAGCAAACUUUUAUUCUCUACCAGGAAGUCCUAGUGGGUCGUUUUAUAACAYAAAAUCUGCACCAGAAGAAAAACCACCUAAAAUUAAUUCAAGCCAUGAGAAUAUUGGCAUGCUAGACAGUGCGCAUCCAUCAAUCAAUGAUAUAUCUCAAACUGUUAGUGAACACAGAGGUACCUUAUCUAUGCCUUCAAUAGCAAAGCRAUUGCCAUCAAACUGGAAGACAAUCGAAGGUGAAUUUAUCUUAAGCUCUUGCGUUCUCAUCUCACAUCUUGAUGGUAAUUGUAACUUUGCACCUGAAGCAAAGUUUGGCGAUGGUUUUUUGUACAUGGCAUACAUCAAGUCUGGUGUUUCAAAGCUGAGAUUGCUAGCUAUAUUGAAGGAAAUGGAGACAGGCAUUCAAGUCAACUCAGACGACUUUUUUAUCUUAAAAGCGUGUGCAUUUAGAUUAGAGCCAGAUCUCUCUCAACAGGGGACAAUGGCUGUGGAUGGAGAAAGACUUCCAUAUUCUGAGGUUCAAGGAGAGGUGUAUAAAGGGGUUGGACGAGUAAUGUGUAGCAGACCUUACAGUUUUUGAACUGCAACAAGAGCUGGAAUAGUAAUAUAUUGUAGAAAUAGCCCCUUCUUUUUUCCUAACUUKAAUCCAACCUACCACAUUUUUCUUUGGAAAGGAGGAAAAACUGAGAGGAUGGAAGACAAAGUUGAAGACUCAUAGAUCAUUCCUUUCCCUUUUUCAUCCUGAUAGUUUUUUACUCGACGAGCUAAAAUGAAAAGGGAGAUGGAAAAGCGGUUCAGGCUGAAGUUCAAGAAAGUCAAAUGGGCUAUACUUUUCCUUUCCCAAUAUUUUAUUGUUGUCAUUGAGAUCAGAAAUGCCUUUCCGCAGUGAGCAAACUAAAAGAAAAAUAAAUAUUAAAGUCUUUCAUUGAUACGAAUAUAAAGCUCUGCACUGGAAAUCAUAUAUUGAAAAURACUGAAAAAAGUAUAUUAUUUAAUUGACAAUUUGAAAUGUAACAAAAACGAAAACUACUGACAUCAUAUCCAUGUAUAGUCAGUCUUUUAAAUUAUAUUUAAUCACAAUGGAAUCGUUAUAUCUUAAUUAAUAGUAAUUAAUAAUAAUUAAACUUAUUUGAUAGUGUGCUGCAAUAGUUAUUGUGUUAGCUAAUUAAUAUGGAAUUUUGGAAUAUAGCAAAAACAGUGAAACACGGUGUAAUCUUAUAAGUUUUUUAAUUUCAAACAGCUWUAUUGUUGUAUAAAUGAUGACCUAAAGCCUGGUUUUCACUUUGUUUUCACUCUAUUUGUUCAAUACAAACAGAUGUUUGUCUUUCUUUGCGAUACAAGCUAUGUUAUGCUUAUGUCGACGUCUUAUGUUGCAGGACUUCAUUCCUUUGGCUUUUCGUAUGUUCYAGGCUUAUGACUAUGCUUAUGUCCUAGUGAAAACCAGGCUUAAGGCGUCAUUUACACGUGCGUUACUUUUCGUAGCGUUAUUUUGUAUUCCAUACUACAUGUAUGCGGUGUGGACGAGAAGGUAUAUUAUUAAUGCUAGUACUAAAUAAUUAUUUUAACUAAUUUACUUGUGUACAGCCUUUUGCAAAAAUUAUGAGAAUUGUCUAAAUAUCUAAAUAUCAUAAUAUACAUAUCCAUAUAUUGUCCAGAACACGCGAGUUUGCUAGAAUAAUUCAUUGUUGACAUCGAGAAAAUGUUCAGAACUACGGAUAAGUCCGUCACCGCCGAAAAAAACUAAACUACACAGACAAAGGACAAACGGGAAUCGCGUGGGAUUACCCAUCAUGCAAUUGAUAUUAUGAUAUUUAGAUAUUUAGACAAUUCUCAUAAUUUUUGCAAAAGGCUGUACAUCAACUACAUUAUUAAAUAUCGUAUUCGAUAUGAAGAAUCUAUUUUAUCAAAAUAUUUGAUUGUCACAUAUAAUUAUAAUUGUAUAUAAAUAAGAAGUUCUAAGAUGUAUUUAAUGCUCAUGAAUGUAAUGUAUACGUGUCCAGAAUUCACAUGAAUAAAACUAUAUCCCUCUACGA